AAUCUUUUAAAGUAAGAAAUUAAAUAAUUCCAACUAGUUUAUUACUUACAAGAAAUAUCAAAGGAAACAACCUUUACUCGUCCAUUAUUAUACGGACAAAAUCUAAAUAAUUAAUGCCAUGAAUAAUCUCCUGUCUCCACAUCAGUCUUUCUAAGAAAAAUCGCCCUGUUUUUUUCCUAUGUACUUACAUAGUAAUGUUUCUUUACUUAUAAAAAGCCCUUUUUUCCAUUAAACUCUUUUUUAGGUCUAGUUCAUACAUGGAGCUAUUUGCAAAAGCGAAGGCCGUGAAACUCAGGAGCCACCUUGAGAAAUACCUAGUAGCCGACGAUGAUCAAGAAACCGUCCGUCAAAGCCGAAACAGCUCAGGAAAAAGAGCUAGGUGGUUUGUCGAGCUUGUCCAAGAUAAACCAGACUUUAUCCGCCUGAAAAGCUGUCAUGGAAAGUACCUUACAGCCACUGAUAUACCCUUUCUUUUAGGCAUGACGGGUAAAAAGGUGCUGCAAACGGUACCUGAUAAUAUGGAUUGGAAACUCCAUUGGGAGCCUAUAAGAGACGGGUUCCAAAUCAAGCUGAAGACCUGGUGCGGUAAAUUUUUACGCGCAAACGGGGGGACACCGCCAUGGAGGAACUCCAUCACUCACGACGAACCUCAUACUGGAGCUACACAGAAGUGGAUAUUAUGGGAUGUAGAGGUGGUGCAGGUGCCAGAGUCUGAGUCCGAGUCGUUCAUGGAGUAUUUGUCGUCAGUUUCGAGCUUUUCUUCGGUGUCUGAUGAAGUUUUGGAGGCUUUGAGCAAUGAUAUUUUAGCGUCAGGUCCGCAGUCGCCGAUUUAUGUCGUGUCAUCGAAGAAGUCGCCAAGGUUUUCAAUGGUUUCAACAGGGUCGCCAAAAUUGUCUGCCAAACAGCAGGUAAACUCUAACAAAUAUCGGACGGGAAUGGAUUUGUUCCUCAACGCCAAAGCGGUGCGUCUCCGCAGCCACCACGACAAGUAUCUCCUCGCCGAGGAAGAUGAAGAAUCCGUUACUCAAGACCGAAAUGGAUCCUCAAAAAACGCCCGAUGGAUCGUCGAGUUCGUGCCCGGAUCAGAAAAUAUCAUCCGUCUAAAAAGCUCUUACAACAGAUACCUUACCGCCUCAAACCAACCCUUUUUACUUGGGAUGACCGGUCGAAAGGUGAUUCAGACACUGCCUAGGAGGCUUGACUCAUCGGUCGAGUGGGAACCCAUUAGAGAGGGGUCUCAUGUUAAGCUCAAGACUCGGUACGGUAACUUUUUGAGAGCAAAUGGAGGGUUACCGCCUUGGAGGAACUCAGUGACACACGAUAUUCCUCAUCGGACUGCUACUCAAGGUUGGGUGUUGUGGGAUGUGGAUAUUGUGGAGAUUCAAGUGAAUUCUCCAGGGAGUAAUCAUCGGCCCUCGUUUCCUCCUGCUAUUCCUCACGCAGAUUCAUUGGACUUUGAAUCUACUUCACCUUCUUCAGUUUCAGGCAAAUCUGGAAACUUUUCAACACAAGAGUCAAGUGAUUCUUAUGUGGGUUCACCACCAAAAUCCGAAGGUAGGACAAUAUACUACCAUGUAGCAGAUGAUGGUGGGGAGGUUGAUGAUGAGGCUUUGGAGGGGUACUCUUUUAGUUUUAAGGGUAAUGGUGUAGAUGAAUUGACUCACAAAUUAAAGGAAGAGACAGGCCUUGAGGAUGUUGUAGUGUGUACUCGCAGUCCUUUGAAUGGGAAGCUUUUUCCUCUUCGCUUGCAGCUUCCUCCCAAUAAUGCAGAUAUGCAUGUUGUUGUAGUUCCAUUAGCGUCAAAAGAUGGCGAGGUGCGUCAUUAGGAGAUGGAUGCAAGCAUUUGGCACUACAAAUUAGCAAAGUUGUAUAACUCUUUUGAAGAGCAAUUUUUACUCUUCAGUAGAAAAGAUAGAAAAAUAAAAGAAAUUUUAUUAUUAUUGUUAGUAAUUAGUGGCUUAAUUAAAUAAUUGUUUUCACUGGUCUAUUUGAUGUGAAAGCUAGGAAAUAUGUUGAAAUAAAGGAUUUGUUUUUCUUUUCUUUGCUUGAAGAAGUAAAAAAUAAAAUGAGAAAAAAAAUACUUCACUAAUUUAACCAUUAUAUUGCUUUGAAGUGAAAGAUAAAGAAGGAAAAUUUUUAUAAAGAACAGCAAUUUGGUAAAUUUAUAAAUAUGACUCACAUCCUUCCCAUUUUCUCGGCUCUCACCUUUCCAAC